AUGGCCGUACGAAUCUAUAUAUCUGAAGAAAAGAUCAAGAUGUUGAAAGCUGGAGAAUAUGAUGGAAGCUCAGUUGUAUUGAAGAUUCAUGACAUCUUUUCAUAUAUAUUUGACAUGAUCCAAUUCGACUUCCAAAACAGACAUAGUUAUAUGAUGUCUGAGAAUGAAUCCUUUGCUCGGUGGCAAUAUGUUUUCCGUGUUCUUUUUCAGUGCACAAUUAUCCAAGUACGAACUGGUGAGAUUUUGUCCCAAGCCACAAGAGAAGAGAUGAAAGAGGAAAAUGGUGGUUUCAGGUGCAAAAUCGACAUGCUGAUAGUAACUCAUGGAAAGGAUGGAGAAGAGAACCGUGUUAAAUUGGCGUCAAACGAACACGAGGAAGCAAACGCUGAGUAUGAUCUCAUGUUCGAGCAAUAG